AUGAAUUUAGUCUCAUUAACACUAGUAUUUUCACAAAUUGUGAUGAUAUUAUCUGUGAAUCACAGAAAUAACGAUUAUCAAUCAGAACCACAUCGUGAUAACAAUAACGAAAAUGCUCAUUCACACCCUAACCCACAUGGAAUUCAUCAUCGUGACCGUCAUCGAGAGAAUGACAGAAGGCAUGAAACUCAACCCGGACAUUAUGAUCAUUAUGAUCAUCAUCAUCACCAUCAUCAUCCACACAACAUACAACAUUAUUCGGAAAACCCAGAUCAUGAACAUAAACAAAUGACUGAUGAACAUCCACGUGUAUUUGAUGCUCACUUACACCAACCAGACGAUCGACCAUUGAAUGUAGAUUAUGCAUCAAAACCGAAAGAAUAUUACCUUCAUCCAUCAAUGAAACCCGCUUCACCUCAAUCAGUAAUUCCAACUAGUCAUGUUGAGACUAAAGAGAGUCAUGAUACUCCAGUUCAAUCGGAGGAACAAUCUAGUGACAAGGUGAAACAAAGUCGAUCAGAUGAGCAUAAAGAUGAAGACAUUGAUAGAAAACAAAUUCCUGAUAAAAAAAAAGAUGCAACUGACAAAAAGAUUAUUAUCAACAGCAUUCUCACCAACAUCGUUGUCAUCAUUCAAAUUAUGAAAUCAGUAAUACAAAAAUAG